AAGCGGCUGAGACGGGACGUGGCUGGACGUUAGUAACCCGACGGCAGCGGACUCUGUGCUGCAGUAGGGGAGUGUGAGACGGGGAGAGGGAACGGGAGGGAGAGAGAAAGAUUGUGAGGGGGAUAUAGAGUGAGACAGAGGGGGAACGGGAGAGAGAGAGAGACAGGGAGGGGGUAGAGAGACAGAGCGAGAGGGAGUGUGAGACAGGGAGGGGGAGAAGGAGAAAGAGUGCGAGACGGGGGGGGGGGGUAGGGAGAUACGGAGAAUGAGAGAGACAGUGUGAGACAGGGGGACAGGGAGAGAGCGAUACAGAUCUCUGUGUGAUACAGAAAGGAAAGGGAGAGGGGGGUAAAGAGACAGGGAAGGAAACAGGGAAUGUGAGAGAGGGGAGGGGAUAGGGAGAUACAGGACGAGAGAGGGGUUAUGCUACAGAAAGGGAAGGGAGAGAGGAGGAAAGAGAGAGAAAGUGAGAGAUUGUGAGAGGGAAAAGAGGGACUGUGAGACAGACAGAGAGAGAGGGGGCGAGAGAAGCGGAGGGAGAGGGGAAGAGGCAGAGAGGGAGGCAGAGGAAGAGAGAGCACAGCGCGCAGCCGGCUGUUGCCGUGUGUUGGGACGGUUGGCGGCUGCAGGCGGCGGGAGCCGGUGCCCCGGGAGCGGGCUGGAUCCUGUGCCGGAGCGGGGCCAGCAUGCCGGGUCGCUAGAGCAUGGCCUCGGCAGUGUUUGAGGGGACCUCGCUGGUGAAUAUGUUCGUGAGGGACUGCUGGGUGAACGGGGUGCGGAAGAUCAUCGUCAACCGGCGGGAGGAAGAGUUUUUCGAGAUCAGGACCGAGUGGUCGGACAGGAACGUGCUGUACUUGCACCGCAGUUACCCCCAGCUGGCCCGCGUCUUCCGCAGGCUGACCGACGCCUUCCCCGAGGAUCAGGGCGCCCUGUCCCGCUCUCUGCUCCAAGGAUUAGUUGCAGUGAAAGAAGCUCCUGACAUAGAAGCAAGAUUGAAUGAAAUUGAGAAGGUCCUGAAGAUUAUAAUUAACCUGCCUUGCAAAUAUUCCAGGUCAGAGGUUGUCCUCACCUUCUUUGAGAGAUCGUCAAUAGACCAAGUAUUAAAAAAUGACAACAUCCAGAAGGUUCAGAUGACUUUCCAAAGUCCAGUGAAAAUAUCAGAAAUCAUGCGGUCAAAUGGAUUCUGCUUGGCAAACACAGAAACGGUUGUCUUUGACCACGGGAUUCCUAAUGGCAAGGAACAGCAGCUGGCUGCAGACCCCGUGGAGAAGCUAUUACAGAAUGGAGGCGAGUUUACUGAAGAGAUUGAUGACAAUGAUCCCAGUGCCUACGUUACAAACUUAUCCUAUUAUCAGCUUGUUCCUUUUGAAACAGACAUCUUGGAGUGAUUGCAACACUGGGCACAUUUAAUAAGAGGCUGACUUUCACCUUGUCUUGUUCAUUCUACCCUCUUGUUCCCAACAGCCAGACAUUGAGUGGAUGAUGAUAUUCAGUUUGCAGGCUGGGCCAUUUUGUGAAGGAUUCCAAAUACAUUACACUCCGAUUUCAGUUUCUUGCCUAACUGUUCGUGAAAGGAUCAGUGACCAGUGAGACUCUGCUCUGACAGAAGGAGACUUCACAAUCUGGUUUGCUAAUUUCCAGAAAGGACAAAAUUCUUCCUUGUUAAAAAUAAAUAAUAAUCAGCAGGAUAAGCAACUAGCCAUAAAACAGGGCACCUUGAAAACGCCGGUGGGAUCCAGUCAUCUUGAAGAAGAGUGGGUGUGGAUUGUUCUGAGUUGUAAUGCACCCGGUACUUUGUGCUUGAAAGCACAGGUGAACCCGGGGAGGAAUGUACCCCAUCCUGUGGUGGGGGCUGUCUGUGAGAUCAUCCCUAUCGCUGAUGGGUCCAGCAAGUGGGAGGUAUUUGAGGCAAUGUUCACCUCAGGAGGUUCCAUCUUCACCCCUCCUGUGUGUUUUUAAACAUUGAGGGUUCUUAUUGCAACAUCAAAGACUGGAGCUACUAAAGGCUUUGAUAAUGCUGUCUAAACCAAGAGUGUUCUUCACUUCAUCCCCAUCGACUGCACAUGGUCCCCUGUUGUAGGACCUUUUAAACAAGUUUCCAUUAACUUACUAUUUUUGACAUGUAAAUAGUAAAUUAUUAAGGUCUAGAUUGUUUUAUAGAGUGUAUCUGCAGAUGUAUUUUAUUGGCAACAGUAUUAAUCAUUAAAAUGAUAUUUUAAUCAGUGCAAUAA